AUGCCGCCGGCAUCUCAAAGAAAAGACCCUCAACAGGGCAAUUCGGCCAAGGCUGAUGGAAAAGCAAACGGCAAUCGAGCUGGGUUCAAAACCGACACUGCAAUUUCGAACGGCCACUCCGGACCUCAGAGAACUCUGCAGGCAUGGGUCCCUGAUUCUGACGAGACGUUUAUCGAUGGUGGUUUGGAAAAGUCCUCUUCUUCCGGCGCCUGGGACCAAUUCGCCGAAAACGAGAAGCGCUUUGGCCUCAAAUCCGACUAUGACGAAAACAUGUACACCACUGUAAUCGACCGCAGCCAUCCGAAGUACAAGGAGAGAAUGGCAGCUGCGGAUAAGAAGGCUAGGGAGAUUGAGCGCAGCGCAGCUCUCACAGCGCACGUGGCUGAAGAACGUGUCAUGGACUAUUCUGGCGGCAAAGGCCGUGCUGACGACAAUGAGGAGGACAAAUACAGCGGUGUUCGUCGCCAGGAAUUCCCCGCUCUCCCAUCUGGACAAGGGGGCAAGUACAUGCCCCCGGCCAAACGCGCUCCGACUGCCCAAGCUACAGUUGCAGGUGCUCCUUUUGACCCGGCCAUCAUAUCUUCGCAGAUCAAGACUGCCCCGAAGAAGCAGCCUUCUCAGGCCUCUGAGCAGCGAAAGGCCUCUGAUGUUGUCAAGAAUGGGGCCUCAGCAAAGCCCGAGGCCCAAAAGCCAGUGGAUACCCAACCAUCUAACUCGAAGCCCGUGGAGAGCAAAACCCCUACUCCGGUUCCAACACCUGCCUCUGCUCCGGCCAAAGACACCAAAACCCCGGAUGAGAAGCCGGCAGAAAAGUCGGCGGCUUCCGCCAGGGCGGUCCCUUCUGCAAAUGCUCGCCCCGUAACUCAGCUACCUCAGAAUGUUCCUAGCGCAACAUCGACUGUUGAGCGUGAUGUCUUGAACUCGUUCAAAUCGUUUGCUUCGCAGCAACGUCUCAAUGCCGAAAAAGCUAGAAGCAGCAAGGCAAAGGCGGAUAAGGAAGUCAAGUUGACAGAGCUGAAGAAAUUUGCAAACUCUUUCAAGCUGUCAACGCCGGUUCCCAAGGAUUUGGUGUCCAUCAUCGCCAAGGAUCCCGUCAAGCAGAAGGAGAUUCAGGCCAAAGCUAUAAAGAACGCCGAGGAGAUGGCCAAGGCCAAGACUGACGCUGUACUCAAAAAGGAUGUCACUCCAUCCAAGGAGACGCCUCUACCCAAGCCUGCCGAGCAGACGUCAACAUCUACGGCACCUGUCGCGGCUGAGACCAGGCCUCCUCGCGGAGCACCCGUGCCCCAAGCCACCCCCCCUAACGGCGGACCUGGCCGCCAUACAGGUCCUCGGCAGCAGUUUAACCAACAACAGUAUCACCAGCAAGGAUAUAGGAACGGUCGUGUUGGUCCUCAGCAUGUUUCGCAGCCGCAUGCAAACGGUGGCACGCUGGCGCAACGCAUCCGCAACGUGGAGCAACAAAAGUUCUCGCAGCCUCCCAUGCCACAUCAGCAUUCUUCGGACAACCGUGUUCCGCCUACUGGUCCUUCUAACAACAUGGACUUCCCGCGGCGUCAUAGCGGCCAUCUCGGGGCGAAGCUCAAUCCCAACAGCAACGAAUUUAGGCCAAGCCCAUUCGCUGCGUCUUUCAACCCCAACGGACACCCAAGCGCGACAUCCAGCCCCCGCGUCGCUAUCAACCAUGUCCACGAUCCCGCUAUUGCAGCGGGACAUCCUCAGGAGCAGCUCAUUCGAAGAAAGACCAAGCCUAUCGAUGUCAAUAAGUGCUUCAUCUUAUCUCACAUCAAGACCUUUGCUGCGCCCCAGGGACCACAGGCCCGAAACUGGGACGAAAAUGGUGGCCUGCGCCCUGCCUACGACACUAUUCCUACCUGGCGCCAAAUACAAGAUGAUGAAAGGAGGGACUCAACUAUGCACCUUACAUACAAGCAGCUAUUUGAGCGACAGCCGUUUUCUGGUAUGCCUACUCCAAACCCGGCUCACGUUGUGCCUCAAAUGCCUCCUCAUCAGCAUCAGCUUCCGUUCCAUCUCCAGCAUGGUGCACAGCAUAUCAUGCCACGGCAAUCCCCGCACAUGCCUCCGAUGCAGAUGCACACACCGCAACAUGGGCCCGUGCCUCACCAACCGUAUGGCAAUGACGACCAUCGGAUGAUGCACUCCAACUCUGCUCAGUCGUUUGCUUCGCCCCGUAUGGGACAGCUGCCCGUGGCGUACCCGCAAGUCAACCCAGGCGCACAGGUUCCAUAUGGACAGCCGGUCUUCCUUGGUGGCGGUAACCCUCAGCUGGGUCAAUUCAGGAGCUUCUCUAACAACCCUCACUACGCACCGCAGCAGGGUCAGAUGGGCACACCGAUGAUGAUGCAGCCACAGUUUAUCCCAGGGCCUCAGGGCAUGAUGGCCGGCCCCCACAUGAUGUACCCAAGUGCGCACCAUCCGCAGUUCAUGCCACCCUCAGGACCACCACAGCCAGUGCCAGCAGCAAAUGGUUAUCCCAGCCCGGGACGACCGGCGGCGCCCAUGAUGGUGCAUCAGGGAUCUCAGCAGGGGCAUAACAUGUACGGAAUGAGCCCUAGUAUUCAAUACAGCCAGCCAGCAGCAUACGGCCCAGCGCAAACCGGCGUACCAAUGUCUAAUACGCGACCUUACAACGGACCUGGACCUCAGCAUUAUGCGACAAAUGCGCCGCAUCAUUAUAGCCCACAGCCGCCCAGUAACGGCGGUGGCAAUUACAACAACGGCAGCAAGCAUCAUGUACCGCAGAGUCACCCGCAUCCCGGCCCGCAGGCCAAUCGCACGGCUUCAACUUCCCCCCAGAACCAGGAAUCUGAGGGAUCCUCUGAGGCAAAAUAG